CGGCGUGACGUCAUCACCGCGCGACUUUAUUUACUUCUGGUCCAGUAGCCGCAAUGGAGGUAAACAGGGAUGAAGCGGAGCGCUGCAUUGACAUCGCAACUGCGGCGUUGACCAACAACGAGCCGGAGAAGGCUUACAGGUUUCUAGCGAAGGCACAGAGACUCUUCCCGACAGAUAAAGCCAAAGCCCUGCUGGAGUUAAUAGCAAGGAAUGGGUUUACACCCAGACAAGGCAGCCACUCACAGUUUACAGGGGACUCAGGGACUGGACAGCAGCAGACCAGCUCUGAGGAUGUGAGACGUGAAGAAAAGCCCUCAGACACUGCCAAGCCAUACACCCUAGACCAGUUAGAUGCUGUAAAAAGGAUAAAACAAUGUAAAGACUUCUAUGAAAUUCUUGGGGUCCAGAAAGACGCCUCAGAAGAUGAACUCAAAAGGUCAUACAGAAAACUUGCUUUGAAAUUCCAUCCGGACAAGAAUCACGCUCCAGGUGCAACGGAGGCAUUUAAAGCCAUAGGGAAUGCGUAUGCUGUCCUGAGUAACACUGAUAAGAGGAGGCAGUAUGACCAGUAUGGGGAGGAGAGGAGACACCCAUCAAGACACAGCCCAGAGAACGGGAACUUCGAGGCAGAUAUCUCACCUGAAGACCUCUUCAACAUGUUCUUUGGAGGAGGCUACCCAACCAGUAACGCUCACGUGUACACCAACGGGAGAAUGCGUUACCAGAGACACGAGAGACGAGAACGGCAGAGAGAUGGGGGCCUCACCCUCUUCGUCCAGGUCAUGCCCAUCCUCAUCCUGGUUAUUGUGUCCGCCCUUAGUCAGAUGAUGGUCAACAACCCUCCCUACAGCCUCAGCUUCAGGCCAUCAGCAGGUCACACUCACAAGAGGCUGACUGAGAACCUCAAGGUGCCAUACUAUGUGGGUGACCAGUUCGCCAAGGAGUACACUGGCAUGAAUCUGAAGACUCUAGAGCGGACAGUGGAGGACGAUUAUAUUUCCAACCUUCGCAAUAACUGCUGGAAGGAGAAGCAGCAAAAGGAGGGUAUGCUGUACAGAGCUCGCUAUUUUGGGGACAGUGAUCUUUACCAGAGAGCACAGAAGGCUCGCACACCCAGUUGUGCCAAGUUAUCCGAGAUCACGGCUUCAAUACACGGUUGAGGCUACCUUCAUACUUGUUUCCUGAAUCAAGAGAAAGGAUCAUUUAUUUGCUGUAAAUAGAUAAGCUUUAACAAUCAGGAGACACAGCAAGCUACACUGCAAACGAACCAGCAUCUGUCCCCUGGAGAAUAUGGGAUAUUCAAGAUGACCACGGGAUUGCUUAAAACCAUUUCUUGGAAAUAUUGGGAUACGGAGUCAACAUGAACAUAAUGUUUCGAGAUAGCAAAACAAUCUAAAAAUAACUUGUCCCCCUGAGGUGGCAUGGACUUGGAGAACCUCCAAGCCCCAAUUUUUUUAUGUGCCAUGAAGCUGACACUGUUCACUCUCACGUCAUGGUUUUAGCAAGAAUGCAGUAUGAAACCUAAAAAUAGCAAGGUAAGAUGUAGUCCUACAGAUGUCCUUUAUGUAGCAGUUGAUUAGACACCACGGUGAAUGCUUCCUCCUAAGUUUUAUGCAGUCAAAUCGGUGAAGGCGACAGGCUUGAGAGCUUAUUUUGUGAUUUGACCUCACAUGCACAUUCUGAACUUCCGAAACUAUGCAGGAAUAACAUGAAACCUCUGAUGAAUAUGCUCCUAAGUCUAGAGUUUGUCAGACACUUGAACAUGUUACCUUUGUCUCCUUUGCUGUAGUGUGUGAAAACAAUCAGGACACAGCCCUGUACACCACUUUUCUGAACUGUAGUAAGGUAGAGUUACAUAGCCUGAUGGCUCUCCACUUUAAAUGCCAUACAAGUGAGAGAUGCACUGUACCUGCCCACAAAGUGGGAUUGUGUCUGACAGCUUCCAGUGUUGGAGUGUAAUGUCUCUGACAAACACCUAUCAUGGGUUAAAAAAAAACAUUUUUUUUGUCACACUGUACCUUUAUAGUAUGCUAUUUAUUGUUGAAUUCUUUGUAUUAUUUAUUUUCAAAAGAGGAUUAGGAAAACAAUAAAGGUCUUGCUCACAUUUUCCACCUUGUUUUUACUCCCAAAUGAUAAAAUAAACAUGGAUGGCUUAA